AUGGCGGAUGUGGAGAUGAAGGAGGCAACCGCCGGGGCCUCAGCCAAGGGCAAAGGCGUGUCCAAGGGCUCAGAAGGGGCUAGUGACGGCAAGAAGAAGUUCGAGGUGAAAAAGUGGAAUGCCGUCGCUUUGUGGGCCUGGGAUAUCGUCGUCGACAACUGUGCAAUCUGCCGCAACCACAUCAUGGAUUUAUGUAUUGAGUGUCAGGCGAAUCAAGGUUCAUCAACAACUGAGGAGUGCACAGUAGCCUGGGGAAUUUGCAACCAUGCAUUCCACUUCCACUGCAUAUCUCGCUGGCUCAAAACCCGGCAAGUUUGUCCGUUGGAUAACAGAGACUGGGAAUUCCAGAAGUACGGCAGGUAG